AGAGGACAGCAAAAGAUCUCACGCGCCUCCUCCAAAAAACACCAAAUAAAUACAAACUAGCAUUAACAUUUCUCUCUCUGUCUCUCUCUUUCUCUCUCUCAAAAGCUAUCUUCCUCAUCAAUGGCGAGCGCAACUGAGCCAAAGGCUGAAAACCCUAGCAAAACCCCUGAUCAACAACAACUGCCACAACCACCGCCCUCCACCUCCGAUACAGACUCGCUUACCAAAGACGGCGACGAAUCGAAGAUCUCGGCCACCGAAGCUGCGGCGAAUUCGACGGCCCUGAAGGACAGCAAUGACGACAACAAGAAGAAGGACGAGGAGGACCCUGUUGUUUCUAAUAUCCAGAGGAAGAUCCGCCGAGCCGAGCGCUUCGGUAUGCCCGUGCAGCUCUCCGAGGAAGAGAAGCGUAAUUCUCGAGCUCAAAGGUUUGGGAUUGGGUCUACAGUGCAUGGUUCAGAUGCAUUGAAGAAAUCAGAGGAGCAGAAGAGAAAGGCUAGAGCGGAGAGGUUCGGGAUUGUGCAAUCUGAGCCUGUUGAUGAGGCGGCAAAGAAGAAAGCUAGGCUUGCCAGGUUUGGAGCUGCCACUAAGACAGAUCCACUAGAAGAAGACAAAAAGAAAGCAAGGGCAAUAAGGUUUUCACAACCUAAAUCUGGUUCUCUCUCACAAGUGAAUGGUAAAGGAAAUAAUAUUGAAAUGAAGACAGCUAUUGCGGGCAAGGCUGGCGGGGGAACCUAAAUAUUGUAGCUUCUUUCUUUUAUAGUUUAGGGUUUUGACAUUUUGUGACUCCCCUGGCAGCUUCCGUAGUCAUGUUUACUUUCUGAAUUAUGAACUCCUGGAUGCAGCUUUCUUCCAUUCUUGGAUAACUUCUCAUGAGGUGUGGCAGCAUGAAGAAGCUUUUGCUUAUCUGAGAUAUAUCUAUUUAUCUGGUGAGGCCCUAGAUAAUCAACAACUCCUUAGUGUAAACCUAUCUGAAAUGACAGACUAAGAAUAUCAAAAAGUACUGCAAUUAUGGCCUGGGAAUGUAUUCAUCUUGCCGAGUUAAUUUGGUUCUGUUUUGCGACUUCACCCUCACUGUCUCUGGUCACAUACCAGAUCCUGUUGGAAUCAGCAGUAAUAAGUUGAAUUGGCAAGCCUAACAUCAUCUGAUCCUAGAGUUAGUGUUGAAAUUGCACCAUUUCUCCAUAUAGAUUGCACUAUCGUAAAAAUUCAUCGUAUUAACUGAAAUCACUUGGCAUGUAUAUCAUGGUUGACCUGUGUUUGAGAUGUUUGAUUGUUGCAACUUUUGGGUUUCAUAAAAUGUCCAGGAUAAUGGCCAGUUAUAUGUAGAUGUAGAUUAAGAGCUAUGUUACAUGCAUUGAGGAGUGCACUUAUGUGUCCCAUUUCAUGGUGCAAAAGUACAAGUUAUUUUUGACACUAGGGAGUUCUUUAUUCUUAAUGUUACUUUUGAAUCUCAUAUUAUCUUUGCAUUAUCAUGUCCUGUUAAAAAGUUCACGUACUGCUGUUUUCCUACUUGAUCACAACAGAAAUGACCGGUUGAGGUAAGUUUUGAGGGUGAAGUUGUAAAUGUAAGAAUUUGUGCACUAGUGGUUUUUGUGAUUGGUUAAAUAUGAACCUUUUUCCCGGCUAUAGUUUCCAGAAUUUUUGGUUUUCUCAGUCAUCUGAAUAAAUUGACUAUCAGGAAAUGUUUGUUGAUUAACCCCUUGGCCUCACCGGGUGAAGUCGAGUAUGUUGGAUGUGAGAAAAGGAUGGAGGAUGUUUGGUAACAGUGAUUUGUAGUUUUUGUUAUAAAGAAAAAAGAAAAAGAAAAAAAAAAGAAGAAAGGUUGCUUUUAUUUUUGAAUUUGUAUAUGACCAGAUAAGUUGUUGGGGCAGUCAUUUUAUUUUUGAUUUUUUUCUGUUUCGCUGUGAAAUAUUAUUUAUUUUCUUGGGAAAAUCAAAUCCGUUCUGUCGUGUUUCUGAUGUUUAA